AUGCGGGGCGUCUUCCCGCUGCAGUACGUCGCCUCGCAGGCCUUCCGCGGCACAAACGCCGACGCAUGGGAGGACUUGCUGGCCGACCAAAAGGACCGGUUCGUCCUCGUCGGCGGCAAGGGCGGCGUCGGCAAGACCACGACCUCGGCUUCGCUGGCGGUGCAGUUCGCGACGGACGGCCACUCGACGCUGCUCGUCUCGACGGACCCCGCGCACUCUCUCGGCGAUGCGCUCGAGACGGACCUCUCGUCGGGCGAGGUUGUGCGCGUGGAGGGCGUGGCGGGCGCGUCGCUGUACGCGUGCGAGGUCAAGGUGGACGACGCCGUCGCCGAGUUCAAGCGGCUGGUGGGCGGCGUCUCGUCGGCCGAGGGAGGCGCCGCCUCGGCACAGGGUCUCGGCCUCUCCGACUUCGCGGACAUCUUCGACGCGGUGCCGCCCGGUGUCGACGAGCUCAUCGCCCUCUCAAAGAUUGUCGCCCUCGCGCAGCGAGACGCCUACGGCAUCCACUUCGACCGCGUCGUCAUCGACACGGCGCCGACCGGCCACACGCUGCGGCUGCUCACCUUCCCCGACUUCCUCGACCGCUUCAUCACCCGCCUCCUCGUCCUCCGCUCGCGCUUCGACGGCGCCGCCAACAUGCUGGGCGGCGCACCCGCAGACGCGCCCGACGAGCCGACGGCGGUGACGAAGCUCAAGGAGUUCCAGGCCCAGAUGCAGGCGCUGCAGGCGCUGCUGCACGACCCGGAGACGACCGAGUUUUGUAUCGUCACCAUCGCGACGGCUCUCUCGCUCAACGAGGCGGAGCGGCUGCUGCUCGAGCUGAGGCGGGAGGGGAUCGCGGUGCGGCGCGGCGUCGUCAACCGGCUCAUCGCGACCGACGUGGCGGACGGGUACGUCGCGAGGCUCGCCAACGGGCAGCGGCAGUGCCUCGCCGAGCUCGACGACCUCGCGGCCCGCUGCGCGGUCGACGUCACGCAGGUGCCGUACUUCGACACGGAGCUGCGCUCCGUCUACGGCCUGCGCGCGAUGGGCAACGCGCUCUUUGACGCGCCGCCGCCCUCCAGCAGCUGA